AUGGCAGACUAUGAGGUCGCUGAAUAUAUGACGACAUCGCUCGCCGGACAACUACAUCCAGCCCUAUUGGCAACACCAGGCUCUGGUAUCGCGUUCGAUGGAGUGAGGAAGCGCUGGGUGCCCGAGUCCGACACUGUCGAUCGACUUGAGAAGCUGGCCGUCAAGGACAAAGAUAUGUCUGGAUCUCUGGGAAAGCUGAGACGUGUAUUUCGAGGCCUAUGCCGCAAUGCUGGCGUCGGACAAACUGCCGCCACUUUGAUACCUAACGAUUCCUUCGGAUUCACUUCUGUGCUUUGUGGCAGUCUCAAAGCAGUCUUUCUCGGUCUACAAGUUGAAGCUGACGUAGCAGUCACCGGUGUCAAGAUUUUCGCUGAUCCGAUGGGUUUUACAGAAAAGCUCAGAGAGUAUCAGGCAGAGCUCAAAAUGGCAUCUCAAAGCUUCGAAACACGUCUCAGUAAGCUCGCACGAGACGACGGGCAGCAGACUGUGCAGCUGCAGUACUGGGCCAAUGUACACUCACGCAAGUGCCCAAGCAAGCAUCGAUAA